AUGGCUGGUAAUGCAAAUAGGAGAUUGGGCGUGGCUAUGGAUUUCUCACCAUGCAGCAUCAAAGCACUAAAAUGGACGGUGGAUAACGUUGUCAAAGAAGAGGAUCACCUCAUUCUCGUUAUCAUUCGCCCCUCAGAAUACUAUGAGCACGGCGAGAUGCAGCUCUGGGAAGCCACCGGCUCACCUCUCAUACCUCUGGCUGAUUUCUCUGAACCUGCACUCAUGAAGAAAUAUGGAUUGAAACCCGAACCCGAAGUAAUUGAUAUUGCCUUAACUGCGGUAAAGCAGAAAAAUAUUUUGGUACUAAUGAAGAUCUAUUGGGGAGAUGCUCGUGAGAAGAUAUGUGAAGCAAUUGAGCACAUUCCUCUAGACAGUCUCACAAUGGGUAACAGAGGCCUUAGCACGCUCAGAAGGGCUAUAAUGGGCAGUGUCAGCAAUUAUGUGGUGAAUAAUGCCACUUGUCCCGUCACUGUGGUGAAGACUGCAGACCAGCAGUGCAACACCCCUCGCAAAGGCAAAUGA